UUUAUAAUGGCAAACAUGACGGAUAGAAUUGUGCUAAUUUGUUUACUUAUUUUUGUAUCUUUGGUGGUUUGUUCUAAUAAAACAUUUGAAAACAUACCAGAUUAUGAUUUAAGGCUUGAAGAGCGAAUUGUAAAACAUGGAUAUCCAGUAGAAAUUCAUCAAAUAAUCACUGAAGAUGGAUAUAUUCUUGUAGCUUAUCGUAUACCACAUGGUUUGAAAAACCAAGAAACCGACAACAAGAAUAAAAGCGUAGUUUUGAUAGUCCAUGGAAUGGGUGGUAGUGCCCACUAUUUUUUAAUUCAAGGCAAGGAAAGGUCAUCUCCCUAUUAUUUCGCUGAUCGAGGAAUGGACGUGUGGCUGUUUUCAUCUAGAGGCUGUGAAACUCCUUUUGAAAAAAAGCACGUGAAAUUAGACUGGAACAAGGAUUCAGAGUACUGGGUGCAUAGUUUCCAUGAAAUAGGAAUAUACGAUUUGGCAGCUACAAUCGACUAUAUUUUGAAUUAUACUGGACAAGAAAAAGUUACGAUGAUUGGACAUUCUGCAGGAGGCAAUAUGUUUUACGUCUUGAUGUCCGAAAAACCGCAGUACAAUGAAAAAGUGAAGCUAGCAAUAUCGUGGGGUAGCAGUCCUAUUAUAAGACGUAUGGAUUAUCCAGCUAUGAUUUUUGGUAUACAGCUCGGCAGUCUUGUAAAAGGUGUCAUAAAACUCUUAAGAAUGGUCGAACUGAUUCCCACGGUUAUAUCAAGUCUCAAACGCCCUAUGAUUGAACUAUUAUUAAAAAAAGAUCCGUUUUGGUUUAGAAUAUUCCAGCUAGGCUCAGGCGUUAUUGGCACACAUAGGUCUGUUAUGCACAUCGAUGAGUUUAAUCCUAUUAUUGUUAGCAGCAUGCAGAGAGUUUCCUUCAAGCAACCUUCUCAUUUUAUUGAUAAUGUUGUUAAUGGUACUUUUAGAAAAUACGAUUAUGGUCCUAAAGGUAACCUAAAACUUUACGGCCAAACAGAUCCUCCUCAUUACAACUUAUCAGCUGUAACGGCUCCCAGUGCUUUCUUUUCAGCUCCUCUAGAUGGUAUGAUAUCUUUAGAGGACGUCUACGAAGCGAUUCUGAAUCUACCCAAUACGAUUUACCUGUACAAAAUACCAUUUUAUAGGUUUAAUCAUAUUGAUUAUCUUUUCGGUAGAAAUGCUUCUGAAUUGGUUUAUGAGCCGACGUACCAGUUGAUUAAAAAAAUUGAUAGUGGUGUUAUUCCUCCCCAAGUUGAAGUACCAUCUGAUUAUAGAUGAUAAUAAAGGAUUUAAGAUUUAA